AUGAUAGUUUUCAUCCUUUUAAUUUUAGUAUAUUUGAUUCCUGCAUUUUAUGAUUUUACUUGGACACAAUCUAUCCAAUUUUCGAUAGUAUUAUCACUUUUCAUAUUCGCAAUCAAAAUAACCUUAGUAAUUUUAACAUUAAUAGUAAAUCAUACCCAAAUUAUACCAAAAAAACAACAAAACACAGAAAAUACAACUAUCACCAGAAAAGCGCAGCUGUCUAGCAAUACUCCUCCAGAAGGAAUCCCUCAAGAAUUAUGGGAUUUAAGAAAUGAUAUCCCAUACGACGGUCCUAUUACCGAAAACAUCUUUUCUGAUCUUAUUGACAGAGGUUUUGAACCAAAUGUCGUUAUAAAUUUCAUAAAAAUUGUUACAGAAUCAGAAAAUCAAGUUUCUGAAGCAGAUACUUCAUCAGAAAACGAAAAGAAAGACGUUUUAAUCAUAUGCGGCCAUCAAUUUACAUUACCUUUUACAAGAGAUAGCUUAGAUUCUUUAUUUGGCGGAAAUACUUCCUUUUUCUACGUAAUUAUUGCAUUUUGCGUAAAUUUUCUUAUGAAUGUACUGUGUCCGAUGCAUAUGAAGACACUUCCAUUACCAGGGAAGAUCUGGCUUUGCUUUGUUUUCGGGCCAGCUUUGUACAGCACUUUGCAUCCACCAGAAGUCGAUUAUUACUCAACAACGACAGGAGACAUAUACACAGGAAUUACCAGACCAGCUUCAAUAGCUUGUGUUGUCGGAAUUUUGCAAUUUAUUCAAUCAAAUAAAUUAUUUCCAGAUUUAUUAAAAGAUUCGGCCAUUCAAGAGAAUAUAACAGAAUUCAUACAUUGGCUAUACUAUUUCUUCGUUUACGGCCUUUAUUUGUUCCCAUUAUGGACAUAUUUAUUUAUUGGCCACCCGAUUACGAUGCUGACCUGGAUAUUGGAAUGGGCAUCAAGGUAUCUGUUCGGUCAUUGCGGAGUUACAAGCUGUGGCAAUGCAUUAAUUUUAUUUAUUAGAUCUGCCAUUUUAUAUGCAAUUAUUACUGGUAUUUUAUCAGCUAAUUAUAGCAGAUUAACACUUAGCUUGUCGUGCGCAAUAAUUGUAGUAAUUUUACAAAUUCCGACAAGAAUUUGUUUCAAACUCUCAUGGAGAUCGCUUAUUUCAGUUGUUUUCAUACUAUGUAUGGGUGUUGUAGCUUAUAUCGGCUGUUAUACAGGCGCUUCAACCACUUUUUCGACUGAAUCAGUAUUAUAUAUAUUUUCCAUGACAUUUUUAGGCGUAUUCGAUAUACUUUGGCCAUACGGAUGCGCAAUUAACCGAUAUAUCUUCUUUACGACAAGAUUUAUUCCGUUCACUUCAAAUACGGUUAAUUUCAUAAGAUUUUUGACACCUUGCUUCAUCUGUCCAAUGGUUUUGGGACUGACAUUGUCCAUCAAUCCCGCCAACUUCAUAUUGACAGGAUUCAUCCUAAUAAUGUGCAUAAAUAAGUCUUUCACGGAACCUCACAUUUUUGCGUUGGCCCUGCUCAUUGAAAAAAUAUUCUACGAAAUAGAACUUAAUUUGACCGAUAGAACCUUUGGAAUUUUUUAUUCAAUGAUGGUUUUGCAGAAAUUGGUUUCUGUGAUAUCAGUUACAGAUUUCUGGAGUAGAUCCAGACUUCCGGCUGUUUAUCAGAUACUAGAUCACUUCUCCGGCGAUACAAUUUUAGAAAAAAUUACAUUAUACUUUGUGACUUUAAUAAUUAUGUCUGUACCGUUUGCAGAUAGGUCAGUUACAACUAUAGCUUUCAUCUGGAGCUUCGUUACUGGUGCUCCUUACCAUAUUCCAUCAAAAUUCCCUUACAUUCUUUUGCCAUUCCCUCCCCGACCAAAUUCGUUCUGGAACCAAGUGUUGGAGAACCGAAAUAUCGAUAUUGCAAGGAAUUAUCUCCAACAUCGAACGGAACAUCCCAUAGAAACUCCAGUUUACACUUCAAUGACUCAAUCCCUUGUUUUUUCCCUUUACGGUUUGGUCAGAUCCGGCCGUUUGGGCAUUGUUAGCUCAAAUUCUUUUUAUUUGUUCCUUAGCGAGCCUUUGGCGGCAUUUGUGCAUAUAAUAAGUAUCGAACCAAACUCAGUUCUGUUCCAAUUAAGAGGUUUGGAGUACAAUGAUGAAACAAUUUGUCAUCUAGGCGAAAUUGCAAAGCUUAAAGAUGAUAUUUCCAGUUACAAGGAUGGAGUUCCUAAUAUUACAUCAAGCUGCAUGUAUAUGAUUACGGAUUGGAAGACAAGAGCCACUGGAGUUAUUUUAUGGCAAUAUAAUGUAACAAAAAUUAAGAGUUCGGAUGCAUUUAUAAGUCUAACAGUUGAUGAAAUGCGUUUCUGGUCAUUCUUGGCCUUCGCUGUCAGUGCAAAACCUUUCAUUGUCGAAAAUAAGUUGCCUCCCUUUGAAUUAGACGGGGAAUUGGACAUUGAUUUCCAAUUAGCCAUAACUGUUGUCGAGAUUAAUGUCGACGAUUCCAUGAAAAAGUCAUUAAAAUGGUUAGAAAAGAAUUUUAUGGAAUCAAUCUUUACAAACGACGCAAUUGACAGGGACAAAUUAUUUAGAGUUUUCCAUGGCCAUCCAGAGCCAAUCAUCCAAAAUGCUGCCAGAAACAUCGUUUUGUAUUUAUCAUUAUGUUCCAUGUCAUUAGGACCAGAAACAGACACAACCGAGUCAUGCAGAGCAUUUAUAUCAGAUACAAGCCUCAGAUACUUCGUUGCUCCUGCACAAAGUACAGAAUUUAGUGAAGCAUUCAUGCAAGAAAGAAAAGACUUGGUCGCAUUUGAAGAUAAAGCCGAUGGCCGUUUCGUUUUGUUCUUUAGACUGACUGAAGUUGUUUGGGACGUUUUGUCUGUGCAAAAAGAGUUUGUAAGGUCAUAUUGGGCAAGUGAAGCAGUUGAACAGAUAUUCUUUGGCGAAGAUAACAGCGAAAGACUAUCAAUUCAAGAGGACGACCACACAAUGAGAAAUUUGAUUGUUCAAGCUUGCGAUUUGCCAAUAGGAUAUCCUGCAUUAGUUUCUCCUGUUAUGCCUUCAUUCUCUCCACCACCAAAUUCAACAAUUUCAUGA